AUGUCCGAAACGGCUCCUGCUGAGACCGCAGCUCCGGCACCUGUGGAGAAGUCUCCUGCCAAAAAGAAAGCAGCCAAGAAGUCGGCUGGUGGUGCCGCGAAGCGCAAGGCGGCGGGUCCUCCUGUUUCCGAGCUGAUCACUAAGGCUGUGGCCGCUUCCAAAGAGCGCAAUGGCUUGUCUUUGGCUGCGCUUAAAAAGGCGUUAGCAGCUGGUGGCUACGAUGUGGAGAAGAACAACAGCCGCAUCAAGCUAGGCCUGAAAAGCCUAGUGAGCAAGGGCACCUUGGUGCAGACAAAAGGCACCGGCGCCUCGGGUUCCUUCAAGCUCAACAAGAAGGCAGCCUCUGGGGAACCAAAACCCAAAGCCAAGAAGGCUGGCACUGCCAAGGCUAAAAAGCCCGCCGGAGCUACUCCUAAGAAACCCAAAAAGACAGGAGCCAAGAAGGCAGUGAAAAAGACGCCGAAGAAAACGAAGAAGCCUGCUGCGGCGGGUGUUAAAAAGGUGGCCAAGAGCCCUAAGAAGGCCAAGUCUUCCACCAAACCGAAAAAGGCGGCCAAGAGUUCUACUAAGCCGAAGGCUGUUAAGCCUAAAGCAGCCAAACCCAAGGCCAGUAAGCCUAAGGCAGCGAAGCCUAAGCCUGCAAAGGCAAAGAAGGCAACUCCUAAGAAGAAAUAG